GUGAAACUGGCAUCGGGAAAUCUACCCUGAUGAAUACUCUUUUUAACACAACCUUUGAGACAGAAGAAGCGAGUCACUAUGAGCACACAGUCCGUCUACGGCCACGAACGUAUGAUCUGCAGGAAAGCAAUGUCCACCUGAAACUGACCAUUGUAGAUGCUGUGGGAUUUGGAGAUCAGAUAAAUAAAGAUGAAAGUUACAGGCCAAUAGUAGAUUACAUUGACACGCAGUUUGAAAAUUAUUUACAAGAAGAGCUAAAAAUCCGGCGUUCCCUUUUUAACUAUCACGAUACGAGAAUCCACGUCUGCCUUUAUUUUAUCACCCCAACUGGCCAUUCAUUGAAGUCCUUGGAUCUGGUGACCAUGAAAAAGCUGGAUAGCAAAGUGAACAUCAUUCCCAUCAUUGCCAAGGCUGACACUAUUUCCAAGAGUGAAUUGCACAAGUUUAAGAUUAAGAUCAUGAGCGAACUGGUCAGUAACGGAGUUCAGAUUUAUCAAUUCCCUAUUGAUGAUGAUGCUGUAUCUGAGAUUAACUCUGUGAUGAAUGCUCAUUUGCCAUUUGCUGUUGUGGGAAGCACAGAAGAAGUAAAAGUGGGAAAUAAAAUGGUGAGAGCUCGGCAGUAUCCAUGGGGUGUUGUACAAGUUGAAAAUGAAAGCCACUGUGACUUUAUGAAGCUGCGUGAAAUGCUGAUCCGAGUUAACAUGGAAGACCUGCGAGAGCAAACUCAUGCUCGCCAUUACGAGCUUUAUAGGCGGUGUAAGCUAGAAGAAAUGGGCUUCAAGGAUACAGAUCCUGACAGCCAGCCAUUCAGCCUUCAAGAAACGUAUGAGACCAAAAGAAAAGAGUUCCUUUGUGAAUUGCAAAAAAAAGAGGAAGAAAUGAGACAGAUGUUUGUGAACAAGGUCAAGGAGACGGAGUCUGAACUAAAAGAAAAGGAGAGAGAA